AUGGAAGGAGAGAGUUCCAACACAUACGAGGAUUUUGAAGAGGAUCCAUUGCCAACAGACCCUAAUUGGCUAGUAAUUCCGCAGCUACGAGGAAAUAUUGGAAGGAUGUUUGCUAGUGAACAAUCUGCCUUUGAUAUGAAUUCAGACGAGCUUGAUGCCUUGUCUAUCACUGUCCAAGACAUUUCAAUUUCUAAGGAUGACAAACCUAGGCCGGCUCCCGUAGUAGGACACCGUUUCGUUCCGGAGGAUAUCAUAGAAACACUCCCAACUGUUUACGUGGAAGAUGAUAAACCUGAUGAUCUAUGUCCAAUUUGUAAUUAUGGUGCUGAAAAGGGUGAACAAUGGCUUCAGUUGCCAUGCAAACACAUUUUGCACAUUGACUGUGGGAGGCGAUUGCUUGCAAGGAAAAACGCCUGUCCAACAUGCAAAAACAAGGUCCCUGUAGGCGAUGCUGUCUAUGAUGGUUGGAUAAGUAAGGAGAAAGAAGAUAGAGAAGAGAAGGAAGGUUAUGAAAAGUCUCGCAUUGACAACAAAAAUAUGUACAUUUAG